UAAAAUUUCCUUCGCCGCGCUUCUAAGCAGUUGAAGAGAAAAUUGAGCAAUGCUGCUUGCCACCGCGCUUUUUCCCCUUAACGAUCUCACAAUUCUCUCUCGGAAAUGGUUAGAGAUCUAGGGCUUCUUUGAGAGGUUAACUGUUAGAACAAUGGCGGUGAUCAUCGAAAAUUCAGUUUGGGAACCAAAUCCAUAUUUGUUCAUCUUCAUCUUCCUCUCUUGUUUUCUUUCCAUCUUUCUUCUACCUUAUGCUUCCAAAAAUAGCUCCACCAGAGCUCCUGCUCCGUUCGAACAUGGAUUUUCAUCCGCCUUUUCCACUUUCCAGCGGAAGUUUCUCUUACUUUAUUCUCUUGCCUCAGUAAUGGAAGGCUUAUGGUCAGUAUAUGGUGAGUUUGAGUUUACGUAUCGUGGAGUUAGCAGAGAGCAGAUAGUGUUGUCUCUAUGUGUUGGAUAUGCAGCUUCUCUCUUCGUCGGUACCUUUUUGGGCAUUCUAUCCGAUUUGAUAGGUCAAAAGAAAAUCUGUAUGACGUUUUGCAUUAUACACCUUGUUACUGCCAUAUGGAAGAGGAUUUCUGUGCAUCCAAGUCUCUUUAUCGCCAGUGUAGGCUUAUCUCUUGCUACUUCAAUAUUUUCAUUCAGUUUCGAAACAUGGAUGGUGCAUCAUCACGAGAAGCAAGGUCAAAGGCAAGAUAUGUUAAGUGACACUUUUUGGCUAAUGACUAUAUUUGAGUCUGUCUCUUUGGUUGGAAACCAAAUGCUUGUGAACAGUCUGAUUGGUGAUGAUGUUAAGAGGAAUAUGUUUUCUUCUUCCACUGCUGCUGUCUUCUUGGCAUUGAUAUGUUUAACUUUUAUCAUCAAAGGGUGGACAGAAGUAUCACAAAGAAUAGAACUGGAAGACUAUAGAACUUCUUUCAGUGCAUAUAUUUUAAGUGAUAAAAGGAUAUGGUUAUUGGCGUGGGCCCAAGCUUCUGUUCACUUCUCUGUUGCAUUCUUUUGGAUUCUUUGGGCUCCGACAUUAGUGGCUGAUGGGCGGGAAGUGCAUCUAGGUUUGAUAUAUCCAUGUUUGCUGGGAUCAAGAAUCCUUGGAAGCUCAUUGUUUCCAUGGCUUAUGAGUGGAACAUCAUCCCUUCGGACUGAAGAUUGUUUACUAUAUUGCUUCGCAAUAUCAGGGCUUGUGAUGUCAAUUGUUGCUUUUGAUUAUCAGGAGCUUGGAGUUUUAGUGAUGCUAUUUUCCAUAUUUCAUGCCUGUGUAGGUUUGAUUUUACCUUCACUUGCAAAAUUAAGGACUAUGUAUGUGCCAAAUAAGUUACGUGGAGGGAUGAUUAGCUUGUCUCUGGCCCCUGCAAACGCGGCAAUUUUGUUUUUCCUGUUGCAGGGAGGCUAUUACCGGCGCAUCGAAAAUUCAGUGAUAUUAGCAUUUGCUGCCAUUGGUUUGUUCACUUCGGCUGGCAGUGUGUAUGCAUUGAAACGGUGGGGAAAGCAUCCAUAUCAGACCUGGCAAAAGCAGUAAAGUUGUUUUCAACAUUUCUAGCUUUGGUUUGAAGUCGGUAAGCAUCCAUUCAAAAGUAUAACUUCUAAUCUUAUGCUUAAGCUUGCUAGACAGAGUUAUGGGAUAUCAAUUUGUUUUGUUGAUUAUGAUUAAAAUUCAACAAACCCAAUCACAUCCUAUCUCCCUGUUUUUUUCUGGGUAGUUCGGCUAAUUCAAUUCCCUUUGAUGUUAAAUAUCAUGGAGAGGUCUCUAUUCACCAUGUUGUAAAAGGAGGCAAGUAGCUGCCUAACCUUCGAGUCUCAAUAUAGGAUCCCAUUUUCAUCCGCUAGGAUCCAAGAUCAACGAAAAAGGUUUGAUGCUUAUUCACAAGAUUUUGGAACGUGUUUUAUACCUUUGUAAGCUUUAAUUAAAUAAAGAUGAUGUUAGGUUUUGUGCCUUUUACACAUGAAUUAAAAAAAAUAGUUUUAUAUUAAUUAAAUUCUAGUAUAUAACUAAUUUUGUUUAAUAAUGUGGAAGGAUUUGAAUCUUUCA